UCAAUAUGCAUUUCCAAGCCUUUGGGCUAUGUGUGGGUCUUCUAUUCAUCUCAGUUAAUGCAGAAUUUAUGGAUGAUGGUGUUGAGAUGGAAGACUUCGGUGAGAAUCCAGAAAAGAUUGAGGCUAACGAAGGUGAACCUUCCUCAGAGAUUAAAUAUAGGACACCUCAACCUAUAGGAGAAGUAUAUUUUGCAGAAACGUUUGACAGUGGAAGGUUGACUGGGUGGGUUUUAUCAAAAGCAAAGAAAGAUGAUAUAGAUGCAGAGAUUUCUAUAUAUGAUGGAAGAUGGGAAAUAGAAGAGUUGAAAGCAAACCAAGUACCUGGUGACAGAGGACUGGUUUUGAAAUCUAGAGCAAAGCACCAUGCAAUAUCUGCUAUAUUAGUAAAACCCUUUAUUUUUGCUGAUAAACCUUUGAUAGUUCAAUAUGAAGUAAAUUUUCAAGAUGGUAUUGACUGUGGAGGUGCAUACAUUAAACUCCUAGCAGACACUGAUGAUUUGAUUCUGGAAAACUUUUAUGAUAAAACAUCCUAUACCAUUAUGUUUGGACCAGAUACAUGUGGAGAAGAUUAUAAACUUCAUUUUAUCUUCAGACAUAAACAUCCCAAAACUGGAGUUUUUGAAGAGAAACAUGCCAAACUUCCAGAUGUAGACCUUAAAAAGUUCUUUACAGACAGAAAGACUCAUCUUUAUACCCUUGUGAUGAAUCCAAAUGACACAUUUGAAGUGUUAGUUGACCAAACAGUCGUCAACAAAGGAAGCCUGUUGGAGGAUGUGGUUCCUCCCAUCAAUCCUCCCAAGGAAAUUGAAGAUCCCACUGAUAAAAAACCUGAUGAAUGGGAUGAAAGAGCAAAAAUUCCUGAUCCUUCUGCCGUCAAACCAGAAGACUGGGAUGAAAGCGAGCCUGCCCAAAUAGAAGAUUCAAGUGCUGUUAAACCUAAUGGCUGGCUUGAUGAUGAGCCAAAGUAUAUCCCAAAUCCUCAUGCUGAAAAACCUAGUGACUGGAACGAAGACAUGGAUGGAGAGUGGGAGGCGCCUCAGAUUCCUAAUCCAGCGUGUCGGAUUGGCUGUGGCGAGUGGAAACGCCCCAUGAUUGAUAACCCAAAAUACAAAGGAGUGUGGAGACCUCCACUGAUUGACAACCCUAGCUACCAGGGAAUCUGGAGUCCUCGAAAAAUUCCUAAUCCAGAUUAUUUUGAAGAUGAUCAUCCAUUUCUUCUGACUUCUUUCCGUGCUCUUGGCUUAGAGCUUUGGACUAUGACCUCUGAUAUCUACUUUGAUAAUUUUAUUAUCUGUUCAGAGAAGGAAAUAGCAGACCGCUGGGCUGCAGAUGGUUGGAGAUGGAAAGUAAUGGUAGCAGACGCUAAUGAGCCUGGUGCAUUUAAACAGUUAAUGGCAGCUGCACAAGAGAGUCCAUGGCUUUGGUUGGUUUAUCUUGUGACAGCAGGAGUGCCAAUAGCAUUAAUGACUUUGUUUUGCUGGCCAAGAAAAGUAAAGAAAAAAUAUGAAGAUUCAGAGUAUAAAAAAAGUGAUUUAUGUAAACCACAAUCAAAGGGAGCACUAGAGCAAGAAGUAAAGGAAGAAAAAUCAGUUCUGGAAAAACCAACAGACUUGGAAGAGGAAAAAAAGCAAAGUGAUGGUGAAAUUCUUGAAAAAGAAGAGGAAGGUGAACCUGAGGAAAAGAGUGAAGAAGAAAUCGAAAUCUUGGAAGCACAAGCAGAAGGUGAUAAAUCAAAUAAGUCUGGAUCAGAGGAUGAGAUGAAAGAAGCAGAUGAGAGCACAGGAUCUGGAGACGGACCAACAAAGUCAGUGCGCAAGAGAAGAGUCCGGAAGGACUAAACCAUAGCCAAGUGUCUUAAGUUCCUGAGAGAGAUCUGGCAACCUAAAAUCAACGGGCCAAACUAGACUUGGGUCAACUGCACAGCUUGGUUCUAACUGCUAGCAACGUUAUUCCUUCAACCAUUUAUUUUAGUCUUUCUUUGGGGGGGGGGGGAAUGUCACUUUGAAAUUACCUGGUCAUUGGAUCUAGAAUAAAAGUGGCACGUUACAGAUCAGAUUUAAGAGAUUAAUAUCAUUAGUCAUUACACAGUUUUAGCAGCUUGAAGAUACUUUGGUUUGUAAAGAACAAAAUAGUAGAAUUUCCUCUUCAAUGAAUAUCCUACAAUGUAACUGGUAGUUCUGUAAAAAAAAAUGAACAUGUGUUCUGUUGCACAGAGCUUAAUGCAAUAAAGUUUCUGCAAGGUUGUUUAAUUCUAUCAACAAUUGAAAGUGUUGCAUGUGACCCACGUUUAUCUAGUUUGUAUCAAAUUAUAGCUAUGAUCAGUUGUUCUCUUAAAUUCUAAUGGCUGAUGACAGUCAUCACGCUUUAUAUUUUUAUUCAGUUUUUGUUUGUUUGUUUCCUGAAAAGUUCAAACCUACCGUAAGUCUGUUAUUUCAUCUAGCUUCCGAGCUGCCUCGGAGGUGGAUCGGAGUAACUGUUGCCACUGGUCCUUUUUUUAAAGCAGUUACCAAAAGUCACAGGGCUACAUUACAAUGGAGCUAUGUUGUUCAUUUAAAAUGUUUUAUUUAUGAACACUGUUUUGUUUGUGUAACAGGUUUAGAUCUUUUCAAAGCUGAUCUGAAUCUUCGAGACCACAAUACUACUUGAAUCCUAAAUAUCUAGAGAACUUUAGGCUAGGUGGGUAAGGUUCUUGGAACCCUUCAUGGACUAAACACCCCCCACCCUUAGCAAGCCCCAAACCGGAUUCCCAUACAGAUCUUUCCUAGUAGGUGCGCACAGAACUUACAUAUAAGGAAGAGAAGCCUCUAGCUUCUGCUUUUACACUAAAGGAAGCCAAACUUGGCCAGUAAUAUCAUUCACUCCUUAUUUCAAAGAAUGACUUGAAAAUGAAAAUAAGUGCUUUACUCCAUUGCUAUGUUCUGAAUUUUCAUAAAUUGGUAGUAGAAAAUCUUAAUACAGAGUUACUAUACUUUGAAUUUAUUUAAUACUAGCUGAACUUACAUCUGGCAAAGACUCUCUCUCGCUUUGCAUUUGGGAUGUCGAAAUGUAUUAGCCAUAUUGAAUAGUUCUAGGUGAGAAUAUUUCUGAAGGUAAACCGCUAUUUCAGAAGAUUAAUCUUUUAACUUAAUGAAAAACUUUCUUGCCUGAUAAUAUCUUGUAUGUGAAGACCUUUUCUGAAGAUUGAUUAAAGUUUUUUUUACUUUC